AUGGAAGGCGAUCGGCACGGCGAGGAGGCCAGCUCCGGAGACGACGACGCCGACGCGGGCACCCGGCCGCACCCUUACUACGGUUGCACCUUCUGCAAGAGGGGCUUCUCCAACGCGCAGGCCCUCGGCGGUCACAUGAACAUCCACCGCAAGGACCGAGCGAAGGCGGUGGCGCCGCCUCCGCCGGCAGUACCGUCGUCGCCCGAGCGAGGCGUAGAUCAAGGGUAUUAUUACGGGUGCUACGGUGACGGUCAAUCCGCGUACUCGCCGCUGUCGUCGUCGGCGCGCCGCCUUCUGGGGGAGGAUCUCAGGUUGGGCCUGAGCAGCCCCGGUGGCGGCGCCGCCGCCUCCGCCGUCGCGGGUGCGGGAGAGAGGAGGAGGCAGGAGGUGGAAGAAGACGGCGAGGUGGAUUUGGAGCUUAGGCUCGGUCAUCGACCACAUGAUCAUAAGAGACGUGCAGCGUAG